GCUUCUUUAGGAUUUGGCCGCAUAUAGAGUUCCAGCGAAUGAACUAUCCGACGUGGCCGCCCCCCAGUGCCUCGCCCCUGCAUCCUCUGGAGCCCUGGGGUCGGCAAGUGUUUGUCUUUCGGCCUUUCGCCGGCGAUUUGGCAGCAGAGCCUUCAGGGCCUUAUCCCCGUGUGCCUCCCUUGCGUGGACCCGCGCCCCCCACUGACCGGCUGUCGCCUCGGCUGUCGCGUUUGGCAGCAGCAGCAGCAGAA